CAUUUCAUUCCUUUUAGGAAAACUUUUCGUCUUUUCCUUAGGAACGAUUUUUAGGAUCCCAGUCCUGGUAUCAGUAGGAAUAGAAUCCUCUUGUUCGUAGAAUUUCAUUCCUUUUAGGAUUACUCCGUAAAACAUUAUAUAAACCCAAACAUAGCAAUUCAUUCCCCAACAUAUUCUUUUCUAGUUAUGGCCUGUCUUCCACCAUUAAAACGGGUACACGAUUUUGGGGAUGGAGGAGCAUUCCCUGAAAUUCAUUAUGCACAAUAUCCUCUUGAUAUGGGUAGAAAGGGCAGAAACAAAGAUUGGGCAAUGACUCUGCCUGUUACAGUAGGCGAGUACGGUGAAGUGAGAUAUGAUGCAAUUGUAAGGCAGGGCGAGAACGCUAAGAAAAUUGUUUAUUGUCAGCACAAGGAUCUUGUCGCGAAGGUUGUGAAAGAUGAGGAUCAUGACGAAGACUUGGACGUGGAAGAGAAGCAAAAAAUAAUUGAGGAGACGGCCCGGGAGACGAAGGCUGCCCUUGAGAAGAUGAUAAAUGUUGCAGCCGCACAGCCCACAAAAGUUCCUGCACAAUCUCAAGACCCCAAGUUCAUUAAGUACAAGCCUUCCCAGCAGUCAUCAGCAUAUAAUUCAGGCGCAAUGGAGAGGAUUAUUAGGAUGGUGGAGAUGCCGGUGGACCCUAUCGAGCCUCCUAUGUUCAAGCACAAGAAGGUCCCCGGGGCCUCUGGUUCACCACCUGUGCCUCUUAUGCAUUCUCCUCCUCGUCCUGUUACAGUGAAGGACCAACAGGAUUGGAAGAUACCGCCUUGUAUAUCAAACUGGAAGAACCCCAAAGGUUAUGCAAUCCCGCUUGAUAGGCGUCUUGGCCCUGAUGGCAGGGGACUUCAAGAGGUCCAUGUCAAUGAUAAUAUGGCAAAACUUUUGGAGGCUCUCUAUGUUGCAGAAGAGAAAGCCCGAGAAGCGGUUGCAAUGCGUUCAAAGGUGAAGAAAGAGCUGAUGAUGAAAGAGAAGGAAAAGAAAGAGAUGGAACUUCUGCAGUUGGCUCGCAAGGCAAGAUCUGAGAGAAUUGCUGCAGGUCCUAUGAGAAGUGUGAAUUAUGAGUGUGGAUUAUUGAGAGAGAAGAUACAUGAGAGAGAGAAGAUACGUGAGGAGCGACGUCGGCAGAGGAGAUUGGAGGCAGCAAAAGAUGCUGCAUCAGUGGGUGGUAAGAAGAGAAAGAUCACCAGUGAUAGAGACCGUGAUAUCAGCGAAAAGGUGGCUCUUGGGAUGGCUUGUACAUCAAGAGGAGAUGUCAUGAUGUAUGACCAGAGAUUGUUCAACCAGGAGAAGGGGAUGGAUUCUGGAUUUGCUAGUACUGAUGAUGCCUACAACAUCUAUGAUAAAGGCCUAUUUACUGCUCAGCCUACUCUUUCUACUCUAUACAGACCGAAGAAAGAUGUGGAUUCUGAUAUAUAUGGAGGUGCUGAUGAGCAGCAGCUGAAGAAGAUCAGCAAUACAGAUCGCUUGAAGCCUGACAAGACAUUUGUUGGAACAUGUGAGAGGGUUGAUGCAAGAGAUAGACAUGCGGAAUUUGAGGAUGCUGAUCCAUUUGGUUUGGACCAGCUCUGGCCAGCGGUUUAGAACAGUAUGGCAAAUGACUCUUAUCCAAAUCGCAAGACAGACUCAAGAAUUGGGAUGAGUACGUAGCUAGACUCACUUUCCUUCCAUUUUCUUGCAAAAGAUUUAAAAGAGCAUAGAUGCAUAAUUAAUUUUCAGUGGCUAAACGUGCUUGAAAACUUUAGGCCUAUAGAUGUUUAUUCAAUACAUUCUGCCAUUCUUGUAUACCUGGUCUCUCGUCAUCUAUGCAUCAAAUUUCAUUUCUUGAAGCUAAUAGAUUUCAUUUCAGUUUUUUCA